CACGCGCAUCACGCUGUGCAUCGUUGCCUGCAGAAAUGGAGUUUAUAACCGAUUGCAUCAGUCAAACUACGCUUUGAUUCUCCGUAAGAGCAAAUCAGCAACGUUUUGGUCCAGUUUAAACUUCUUGUGUGUUGUGGAGCUCAGAAGGAUGGAGAAAGGGCGAAGCACUCCGAAACAGUACGGAUCUCUGCAGCAAACGGAAGUUGAAGAGGACGUGGUGUCUAUGGCUGAUUCCACCAUCACUGUGGAGGACAUCGAGGGAGAGCUGUUCAAAAUCGACAGGAUAAAGGACGCGCUGGUCCGCAAAGAGUCUGAACUGAGAUAUAUGAUGGACGACAUCCAGUUGUGUAAGGAAAUUACAAGGCUCAAAAAGGAACUUCAGAAACUAGUUUCCAUCCCAGACAAAGAAAAAUCCAACGAGGACAGACAGCGCGAGGAAGAACUCCUGCAGCAGAUCCAGAAGUUGGUGGAGACGCGGGACUUUCUGGUGGAUGAUUUGGAGUUUGAGAGACUGAGAGAGAAAGAGGAGGACAAAGAAAUGGCUGACUUCCUGCAGGCGAAAUUUCCCAACCGGUGCAGCAGAAAAGUGUGUCACACUAAGGACAAGAGAAUGAUGACCAGAGCCCAGCAAACCACAUCUCCUUACUUGACCAAGACGGGUUUCACCCUGCUGAAGGAAUGCUGUGGCUUCACCUGCUCCAUCAUGUAGAUACGUCUAACAGAAAACAAUAGAAAGAGUGCAGUAUUAAGUGAUGAGUAAACAAUCCCUCAGACCAGUGAUUCAGUACAAUAUUUUAAUGCACACUAUUCACAUUUAAAGGGAUAGUUCACCCAAAAAUGAAAAUUGGAAUCAUUUAUUGACCCUCAUGUCAUUCCAAACCCAUAUUCAUUUCUUUCUUCAGCGGAACACAAAUGGUACAUAACAGACUGAAUUACAUUAGUGCAAACUGCCAUGCAUAUUAUGAAGAUCUAGACUGGUAACGUUUGUCAAGACAAAUGUUGAUGUUGGCUAUACAAAGCCUUGUCUGAAAGUUGGCUUAACAGAUACUGUAGAUAGAUAGAUAGAUAGAUAGAUAGAUAGAUAGAUAGAUAGAUGGAUAGACAGACAGACAGACAGACAGACAGAUAGAUAGAUGAAGCUCGCCUCAUAUCAAAUGCAAACCCUUUGGACACCAUCUGUAGGUGUAUGCACACGAGAGAGAGAGAGAGUGAUGUGGAGUUGUAGUUCUCGAACUUUGGAGGUACACACUACAAUAUAACAUAAUGAAAAUAUACAUUUUACUUAAAUGUGAAGUGUGUAAUUUUUGCACCACUAACGUCACCAAACGGAAUUGCAAAAAUAGCCAAAACAGGGGGCCUGGUAGCUCAGCAGGUAAAGAUGCUGACUACCACCCCUGGAGUUUGAAUCCAGGGCGUGCUGAGUAACUACAGCCAGAUCUCCUAAGCAACCAAAUUGGCCCGGUUGCUAGGUGAGGGUAGAGUCACAUGGGGUAACCUCCUCAUAAUCGCUAUAAUGUGGUUCUCACUCUCAAUGGGGCGCGUGGUGGAUGGCGUGAAGCCUCCACACACGCUAUGUCUCCACGGUAAAGCGCUCAGCAAGCCACGUGAUAAGAUGCGCGGGUUGGCGUCUCAGACGCGGAGGCAACUGAGAUUCAUCCUCCGCCACCCGGAUUGUGGCGAGUCUGUGAUUUGCUGUGAUUUGGUAUGUUUGUCACCCCUCCCCCAUUCUUAACUGGCAAGUGUGUCAUACCUCUGACUGAAGAGAGCGAGAUCUAAAAAAAAAAAAAAAAACAGUCCAAAUGUGUGACAACCUUGGCCAAAUCCAGUUGUUUGGAGUCUGCUAGUGUGGCGCCAGUUUUAGGCUUUAGAAAAAUCAUGUUUUAAAGAGAAAAUACUGUGGCAAAGGAUCUUUUAAUUUAAUUGACGUGACUGUAAAGUUAUUAAGUGUUGUAAAUGUACACAUGAAAUUCUUGUUUAGUGAAACUAAUCUGAAUACAGUGCACAGUGCCAGAGGUAAAAUAACAAAUCGUAAACUUUUAAUGACUUUAGAUGUUCUUGAAGCAGCUUUAGCACGUUUUUUGCACGUUUUUGUAAUAAUGCUGUGGAAUUGCAAAUCAGACUGCCAUACAGAUCUGCUGAGAUCACUAAUUUUGCACCAUUCCCAUUUCAGCAUUGUUACUUCUGACUUCUUUCCUCACAUUUUCCGUCUUAGUUUUCAACUGAAAUUUUGAUGACCCAAUAUUAGUUUGUUUUAAACUUAAUAACUAUAGACAGUAUAUCUUUCUCCACUGUAAUGUGUUCUGGUAUUAUGUAUAAAUAGUAUAUUUGUGAUGCAUUAUCUUUGAGAUGUUGCCAUUUAUUUUAUCUUAAAAAAGAGGACUGGAAACAAAAAAACAAAAAAAUGUUGGAAAACAAACAUUGUGAAUCUGUGAUGAUAAAAAAAAUGUCUGUAUUAAUAAAUGCAGAAAAAAAAAAAAAAAAGGUGCUCUUUGGUUGUACGUACUGCAAAUGUAUAUUGUUAUUCUGUUGAAUUUCAUGCCUCUAAAUGAUAU